AUGGUGGUGUUUUACAAUGAGGUGGAGAUCGAGGACUUCCAGUACGAUGAAGACUCGGAGACGUACUUCUACCCCUGCCCUUGUGGGGACAACUUCUCCAUCACCAAGGAAGACCUGGAGAAUGGGGAAGAUGUGGCAACGUGUCCCAGCUGCUCUCUCAUUAUAAAAGUUAUUUAUGACAAAGAUCAGUUUAUGUGUGGAGAAUCAGUCCCAGCCCCUUCAACCAACAAAGAAUUAGUUAAAUGCUGACAAAGCCUUCAGAAACCCAGAUUCUGA